AUGGAAGGAAGAGAAGGUAUCAAUCCUGGGGUAACAGUUAUAGGUGCUGAAGCUCCAUCAGCUUAUCAUGUAGCACCAAGGACUGAAGCUCCAAACCAGGUUCAUAACCCCGAAGCAACAGCGGUUGCGGCAGGUGCUGUUGCCGCUGAUGCUUCUGCUAUCAUUGUCUCACCGGUGAGUGUAGGUUUGGAUGGAUCGGUCAAGAAGAAAAGGGGUAGACCAAGGAAAUACGGGCCAGAUGGGUCUGUCAACAUGCCGUUGUCACCAUUGCCUAUCUCAUCUUCGGCUCCCCCUUCUACUAAUGACUUCUCGUCCGUGAAGCGAGGGAAACCACAUGGGAUGGAAUACAAGAGGGCGAAAAAAGUUGUGAUGGAUCAUCUUGGUGAGAUGAAUGGACACGCUGACGGUACAAACUUUAUGCCGCAUUUCAUCACUGUCAAUGCUGGCGAGGACAUUACAAAUAAGGUGAUAUCAUUUUCGCAACAAGGUCCGCGGGCAAUAUGUGUCUUAUCGGCUAAUGGUGUGAUUUCAAAUGUUACACUUCGUCAUCCAGACUCUUCUGGGGGUACUUUGACUUACGAGGGUCGUUUUGAGAUACUUUCCUUGGCUGGAUCAUUCAUGCCUACUGAUAACCAAGGAACAAGAAGCAGGGCAGGUGGAAUGAGCGUCUCGCUUGCAAGCCCUGAUGGCCGCGUUGUAGGCGGUGGAGUUGCUGGUGUUCUUAUAGCUGCCACUCCUGUGCAGGUGGUGGUGGGAAGUUUUCUACCAAGCGGCCAAGAUCAGAAACUAAAGAAGCCAAAGUCUGCUGAUUAUGCAGCAGCCACAUUUACUCGAGCCACUGAAGUAUCCGCAGAACCACCACCAGCCCAAACUUUUGAUGCUGAAAAAGAGGAUAUCUUGAGGGACAGUGGUGGACGUGCACUUCAAAAUAUCGGAGCCCUUAACUCAAGUUUAACCUCUCCUCCGCCGCCCACCGCUUUUCGAAGAGAAAACUGGGUCAACAUGCACGCCAUGCCGGACACAAGAAAGUCCCCUACUGAUAUAAACAUAUCUUUGCCUGAUAGUUAA